GAAAAGUUACUUAACCUUAAAACUUUAUUAAACUGAAUUUUAAUUUGAAUAGUAAAUAAUAGGCUUUUUUUAUUAUAAGUAUGUAGUAAAAAUUCAUUGGUGUCUUCAAAAUGGAUGAAAGCAUGAAAAGUAGUUUCUUGGAACGUGAAAAUGUAACUCCAAUUUCAAGUUCCUAUCAAAUGAAACCUCCUGCGGAAGACAAAUUCCAAGAAUUGAUGGUAAAAGAAAUUGUUCGAAACAUUUUAGCAGAAUCACUAGCUGCAAAGAAAUACGACAGUGAAACUAUCAAAAACCUAACCACUAGUAUUGCUAACCGCAUUAAUCAUGCAGUAAAAGAGCUGAAAUUGAAAAGAUACAAACACAUAGUUCAUGUAAACAUGGGAGAAAGAAGGGGACAAGGUGUUAAGAGUGGUUUUAUUUGCCUUUGGGACUCAGAGACUGACACNGACAGUCGGUCUGAAAGAGGACGCCGGAAAAUAGUAUAUAGGAAGGGGAAAGUGUGCCUUAAGACUUUGUUUAAAAUGCAUCUAUUUAAUCAAUUAAAUUAA